AUGCAAUCACUUGAAGAAGGUGCUGACAUGCUGAGAGAGAGAUGCUUGAAGUAUCACAAAGGUUGCCGUAAAUACACUGAAGGGCUAGGCGAAGCAUAUGAUGGAGAUAUUGCAUUCGCAAGUUCACUAGAAGCAUUUGGAGGCGGUCACAAUGAUCCAAUCAGUGUUGCCUUUGGAGGACCCGUGAUGACCAAAUUUACAAUUGCCUUGAGAGAAAUUGGAACAUACAAGGAAGUUUUGCGCUCCCAGGUUGAGCAUAUGCUAAAUGACAAGCUGCUGCAGUUUGUGGACAUGGAUUUGCAUGAUGUGAAGGAUGCCCGAAAGCGUUUUGACAAGGCUAGCCUUCUGUACGACCAGGCUCGUGAGAGGUAUUUAUCCUUGAAGAAAGGAACAAGGACAGACAUAGCAACUGCAGUUGAGGAUGAGCUUCACAGCGCCAGAUCUUCAUUUGAGCAAGCUCGUUUCAACCUGGUCACUGCGCUUUCAAACAUUGAGGCUAAGAAGAGAUUUGAAUUUUUGGAGGCUGUUAGUGGAACAAUGGAUGCACAUCUUCGUUAUUUCAAACAAGGAUAUGAAUUACUCCAUCAGAUGGAACCGUAUAUCAAUCAAGUGCUUGCUUAUGCACAGCAAUCAAGAGAAAGGUCCAACUACGAGCAAGCUGCUCUUGUAGAGAGGAUGCAAGAGUUCAAAAGGCAGAUUGACCGGGAAAGUCGGUGGUCACCAAACGGGAUGACUGAUUCCCCUAAUGGUGAUGGAAUACAAGCAAUUGGUCGAAGUUCACAUAAGAUGAUUGAAGCCGUCAUGCAGUCAGCUUCAAAGGGAAAGGUUCAGACUAUUCGGCAAGGCUAUCUCUCAAAGCGUUCUUCGAAUUUGAGAGGCGACUGGAAAAGGAGGUUCUUUGUCCUUGAUAAUCGAGGAAUGUUGUAUUACUACCGCAAGCAAAAUAGUAGACCAUCCAGUGGUUAUUCUAACCAACGAAGUAGCACUCCCAAUGAGCAUGGCUCUGGGCUGCUUAGCAGAUGGUUCUCAUCUCAUUACCAUGGCGGUGUGCAUGAUGAGAAAUCUGUAGCACGACAUACAGUAAACCUGCUAACGUCAACCAUUAAAGUUGACGCAGAUCAAUCAGAUCUAAGGUUCUGUUUCAGAAUAAUUUCGCCCACAAAAAACUACACACUGCAGGCAGAGAGUGCGAUGGAUCAGAUGGAUUGGAUUGAAAAGAUCACUGGUGUCAUUGCUUCUUUGUUAAGCUCCCAAUCCCCUGAACGGCGUCUACUGUUGAGCCCUAAGGGCAGUGGCCAUCAUCGAACAAACAGCGAAAGUAGUUCUUUCAGUAGCUCAACAGAACUUGACCAUUCCAUGAGUGAAGAUUUUAUGAUGGAAAAGAACUCAGGAAGUGGGUACUUUGAGCACUCCAGAGUCACACAACAUCAUCGAACCAGCAUGAGACCUGACAAGCCAAUUGAAUUGCUUAGGAAGGUGGUUGGCAAUGAUGUUUGUGCUGAUUGUGGUGCUGCAGAGCCUGAUUGGGCAUCCCUAAACCUCGGAGUCCUUGUAUGCAUAGAAUGUUCUGGUGUACACCGGAAUCUUGGUGUGCAUAUAUCUAAGGUAAGGUCUCUGACACUUGAUGUCAGGGUGUGGGAGCCAUCUGUAAUCAAUCUCUUCCAGUCUUUAGGCAACACAUUUGCCAACACUAUCUGGGAAGAAAUGUUAACUUCGUCAAGCAGUUUUGAUCAUGGUGAUACUUCGAGAUCUGAUGGAAUUGAAAACACACCAGAUAACUUGGCUGUCAGAAAGCCUAAACAAUCGGAUCCUAUCUCUCUGAAAGAGAAAUUUAUUCAUGCCAAGUAUGCUGAGAAAGAUUUUGUACGGAAGCAUAGUAUGGAUGAGACUCAGCUAGCACAACAGAUGUGGGAUCAUGUAAGUUCAAACAACAAGAUGGAGGUGUACAGUCUGAUAGUGCGAUCGAACGCCGAUGUAAAUCUAACUUAUGGGCAGACAUCAUUCAAUUCGGCUUUGACUCUUGGGAAAGCGCUUCUCUUACAAGAGCAACCGUCUUCGCCGUCAAAUGGUAGUUCUAGAUGCUUUGACCGUGGUGCAUCUGAGAAAAUUUCUCCCAGGGGUUCUCUUUCUCCUGCGAGCACGAGUGCGCGAACAGACGAAUUAGAUGGCUGUGCUGAGGGCCUAUCUCUGCUUCAUCUGGCAUGCCGUGUCGCGGAUAUAGGCAUGGUUGAGCUACUCUUGCAGUAUGGGGCCAGUGUGAAUUCCACGGAUCCUAGAGGCCGAACACCGCUUCAUCACAGCAUUUUGAAAGGAAGGCGCGUGCAUGCCAAGUUGCUCCUCUCCAGGGGUGCUGAUUCGCAGGCGACAGACCGUGAGGGUAGAACGGCAUUGCAGUACGCCAUCGACAGCGGAACCAUCGAGGACGAAGAGAUUCUUGUUUUGUUAGAAGACCCCAGGAAACUGCUCGCCGUCGGUGGGCGGCGAGGUUUGGUUUGGUUGGUUAUGGUUACUUGUGCGGCCGUGCCGCGCCUGCAUGGGACAUGGUGUCGCCCAGGAAGACGACGGCCCCAGUUACUCUGUCAAACAAACAAGGAGCAAGACGGCGACCUUGCCGACGAGGACGAGAGGAGGAAUUAA